ACCUGCUGGUGCCAGCAAGAUGUAUCCCUGCUUUGCGCGUAUGCCUGUCGAGGCUCAAACAUGCCAUAUGCAGGAACUACCCCAAAGCUGUGCUUCCUUAGAAUCCUACUUGCAUACUAUGUAGUAGGUAAUAUGUAGCGUACAUGGGUUCAAGGUCCUAGAUUCUACCAUGCGUUGGUACUUAUACUUGUUAAUUGCCCCUACUGGGGAGCCUUAUUUGACUUUGGCCGGUCUGCUUUCAAUUUUCUCGACUUGGAUCAUUUAAUUCCUUUAAACGUUACGAUACUUGAUAGAGUCAAGGUUAGAGAAUCUGGCUGUUGCCAAAAAUCUCAUAGCUUGACUCGAACGUUUUCGCUCAAGGCGGUUGUCAAGAGGAAUCAUAUCCCGUCAAGCCAACCAAUGGCCCAGAAAUGGAACGACGCCCCUGAGGUGGCUACGCAUACCAACUUGCCUGAAGUCUAUUUUCCGGCACCUGCCCUUGCUGCUCCAUAUCACGCUCACGGAGAGAGUCUCGGGUCGAUACCUCUCAAUCCAUUCAGCCAAUCCAAGCACAUGACCACUUUGAUAGAAUCACCAAAGAGCUUCUAUCCUAGCCCAAAUUCAAUUCAGAACUAUGACCUCCCAUCAACAGAACAACACCAAAGACAAACGUCAAGGAGGAUAUGUCGUUGUUCAUUCAUCGUACUCGUCCUGUCGGUGCUUGUUACAGCUUUAUCUAUAACUGUCAUAGGUUUAGCAGCUGGGACUGGCGUCGAAACAAAUAGAGCCAACAACGCAGAGUCUAAGUUGGCCUCGCAACCUAUCAUCGACCACGGAUGUUCCAAGAAUCCAGAUUCUGUUACAGGAACUCAAUACACCUCCGACUUCUACGACAGAUCGACUUUUAAAAUUUUCUGUAACAGCGAUGCGCCAAACCCCCCUCUCCAGAGUUUUUUCGUUGGCACAUUUGACGACUGCAUCGAUGCGUGCGCGUCGUACUCGGCAUAUACUAGCGGAAAUUUCCCCGAUGUCUCGAGCUCGUCAAAUUUCACAUGCUCUGGCGUCAGUUUCAUCCCAGACUGGACGAAUCGAACCACUGCGCUCAGUGUCAACGCGCCCGGAAAUUGCUACCUCAAGCCGGGACCGCAGAAAUCAACCGGCCUCACGCACCCUAGUGCGGAAGGGCCAGCAGUUCAUGCCGCUAUCAUAUCAAGCUCUUAGUUUGGCAGAAGCUAGCAACGUCGCUAUACGUUGCAAGAUGUUUAUCAAAUCGCGUCGCGUGUAUAUUAAGAGAGACAGUGUGGGGUUCUCCUUAGAGUAAUAUGAUUCAAUGAUGGUUUGGCGUUAAUGGAGUGGGAAAACGAGCGCCAAGGUGCGUUUCGUUCGGCCCCUAAACAAUAUACUCCCUGUCCUUAUUCGUACUAGCGAGCGAGUGGUUUCUAGAAACAUAUGGCGUCAGCGGAAGAACAUAAGGAUAGCACUACUAUCAUAUUAAUUUCAAUCAAAAAUUAGUAUUGUUACGAUAGGAACUGCACUAACGGGUAUCUGUCUCGGUCAGGUAACUCGUUUCUAGAAGGGAGGGGGGACUUUCUCAAAGACUCAUUGUUUCGUCUCUGGCCGCUGGCGAAGGCACAGCACUAGGCACGCGCCUGAGGAAGAACCCAAGGCGACAUGUAACCCGUAGGAUUUAUGUUGCAGCUGUAGUUGAAUCUCGCGGUCCCGAGAUUGGGCUUGUAAACACUGGUAACAGCUGCUCAUUGGCUCGUAGUUUAUUGGUAGGGCUAGCCAGGGCGAAGGAUUUUGGAGAUCCGUCUCAGACUUUCGAUGAGUGCUACUACACGGAGGACCCGAAAAUACCGAACAGAUCUUCUUGACCC